GUUAUUCUUGUUAACUGCCCAAGAAGAGAGUAUCCCCUUCAAAAAAUCAAUAGAAUGGAAAUGGAAGUAAAUAAGAUUAUGCCCUAUGAUGCAUCCGUGCUCAAGGUAAACUUUUCACUGCCCGAAAUCAAUAAAAAUGCAUCAAACUUAUCACAAAACUCCAGUGUGACGGGUUACUAUGAAGUCGCUUGGGCUCUGAAGGCCUUAACGCUAACGGACUUGACCACCUUGGCUGGAGAUGAUACUGCCUCCAAUGUGAGGCGGCUUUGUGUGCGGGCAAGUUUGCCCUUUGAACCUCAACUUCUUGAGAAAUCUAUUGAGGAUAGUUUGCUGUCAGAUAUUCAUUGUGCUGCUGUUUGCGUCUAUCCCGCCCGUGUGGCAGAUGCGUAUCAGGCGCUAAAGCAGUAUGGCAAAUUGAAUGACAUAUCAAUAGCUGCAGUGGCCACUGGUUUCCCUACCGGCCAAUAUAGUUUGAAGUCGCGUCUGGAGGAAAUAAGCUACGCUAUUGAAUCUGGUGCUACUGAGAUUGAUAUCGUUAUCAAUCGACAGCUGGCACUGGUAGGCGACUGGGAAGGCGUGUACAAUGAGGUAGUCCAGAUGCGGAAGGCCUGUGGCAAUCGUGCACAUUUAAAGACCAUCUUGGCCAUUGGUGAACUAGGCUCCAUGGAAAAUGUAUACAAAGCAUCGAUGGUGUGCAUGCUGGCGGGAGCGGAUUUCAUCAAGACAUCCACUGGCAAAGAGGCGGUGAAUGCUACACUGCCUGUUGGUCUAGUCAUGAUAUAUGCCAUUCAGAAAUUCAAGCGUCUCACUGGUCAAAUUGUCGGCCUGAAGCCAGCGGGCGGUGUGAGAACUGUGCGAGACGCAAUCGCCUGGAUGACGCUAAUCAAAAAUACUCUUGGCAUGAACUGGCUGAAGCCCGAACUAUUCCGAUUCGGCGCUUCAGGCCUGCUCGAUGAUAUUGAAAAAGUUGUACGUGAAGGCAUCGCUAAGCACGUAUAAACUGAUUUAGGAGACUCUGAUUG